AUCUGAAACGGAAUUCCAUCUGUUUGCACUGCUAUAACGUGGGUCGUAGCUAAACUAUCAUGAUGAGUUAAAAGUAAGAACAUUUUGUUUAAAUAGUUUUUGUUUUUGUAAUUAUAUAAAAAUGGCAGAAAAGCGCCGCGCCGGUGCUUCGGCAAAGUCUGCUGUUCCAGUGAAAAAAGGGAAAAGCCCUGAGUUUAAUGGGGCUGAAUUUAAAGCCAUGCUGAAGAACCCCACCACUGCUAUGAAGGGGCUGGAGACAUUCGUGUCAAUUGCGAGGAAAUUGCCCUGUCUUGAUCUGUAUGAUGUAGUUGAGGGCUACCUUAAGAUAUCCAUGGAGUGUGCAGAGAUAUUCCAACUGCUGGAAGGAGAGAAGCACGCAGAAAAUGAGACCAUGCUGGUUUUUGAGAGCUUGGAAGUGAUUCUUUUGAGGACAGCCAGCGACCUCUCCCACUUCAACAUGGUUGGCAAUGGGAUUGUGAGAAAGAUUGUUUCAAGUCACAUGAAACUUCUGCAGGGAUCUCUGCACUCGGCAAAUCAUAGACUCGUUCGUCACUGCCUCAAUCUACUGUCCACCAUGGUGUCCCAGGGUGUGGAAGCUGCUCGAGAAGUCUUCAGUCACAUUCAUAUAAAGGCUCUGUCAGGACUGGAGAAGAGAAGGGAUAAACUGGGAAGACCAGAUGUCCGUCUGGCUUUUAUUCAGUUUGCCUUGUCCUUUUUGGUGUCAGGAGAUGGUGCAAUCAUUGGGCAAAUAUUAGAAGUUAAAGAGCUCCUUCCGCACAUCUUGAGUUCGGGCGUGAGGGAGGACAGGAUGUCUACGGUCAAUUUGAUUUUGUCUACACUGAUGACAAGGGUUGUGCUUAACAAAGCAAUAAGUAAAACCCAGAAAGUGCGGUUUUUUACUCCUGUGGUGUUGAGCAACAUCGCCUCUCUGUACAGAUGGAAGGGGAUUCCAGACGCCACCACUGAUGACUGUGAUAUGGUACAAGACUCGUCUGGGGUAUCGGUGGUUCGAAAACUUGUUCACCGCUUUUUGCUUGAGCUUUGUUGCUCGCGUAAGCACGGCAUCAUCUUUCAUGAUGCCCACUUCGGAACCGCUGGCGGAGGUGGCAACAUUGUCUUGCUUCAGUUCUUGGUGGGGCUAAAGCAGGCAACGGAGGAUGAGCUGGUUGCAGAGCUGGUGGUCAAUAUCCUGAAAAACAGUCCUGACAUUCUGUCCCGAUACUUCAAAGAGACUCAGUAUUCAUACACCCCUCGCCUCAAAAGUGCCUGGCAAGACAAUGUUAAUCUGCUGAAAAAGAUCUAUGAGGCGCAGCCUGACAUCUCCACAGUUUUUCAAUUCGGUGAGAUGAUCCCUCUGAGCCGCCUGAUCUCCAUGAUUAUGGUCAUUUCUCUUCCUCCGGUCUGCAAUAAGACCUUCUUCACCCAGGGCCUCAGUCUUGCUAACAAUAAGGUGCAGCUCACGACUGUGUCAGUGAUAAACUUCGUACUGAAAAGAACCAGUAAGAAUAUAGAGUACCUUCUGGACAAGGCGGUGUGGGAAAGGUCCGAUGUUUACUCUGCAGAGAUGAUGGAGCAGUUGGUGCAGCAGUACAGGGAGGCACUUGGCAAAAUUUUGCCUGACAUGACGACCAUCAUUUCGACAUGGCAGUCACUGAGCAAGAAGGAAAAAACUGAAGGCGACGAUAAUAAAUCUACGGGUGACGGGAGUGCUGACCUGGCUGAAACCAAAACUGACCUGCCAGUUGCUGAGACGACUGAAGUCGUUUUGCUGAAGGCUUUGAUUCUUCAAGUCAUUUGCCUUUACCAGAGGGUCAUGCCCCACCUGGUUCUACAGUGCAAAUUUGAUUUCAGCAAACUCCUAAAAGGGAUAGUCUCAGAGAAGGGAAUGAAGGAAGAGGUUCCUCCAGUCUUACAGUAUCAGAUACUCCAGUUAGCUUUAGAUCUACCAGCAAGCAAAUUCUCCUGGUUUCACAUUCAGGAAGUUGCAGAUGCCGACUCUGCAGAAAAGUCUGUUCUUUAUCUGCUUCUCAAGAUGUUUAUCAGCAGCAGCAGAAGUCACCUGAGAUCUUCCACACAGAAGCUGGUUGUCAAAGUGCUCCAGGAUACUGGUGUGUUUGAGCACACGUGGAUGGAGCUUGAACUCUGGCUAAAUCAGCUGGACAGAGUAAAACCAAACCAGCAGGAGACUGUGAUCCAGUUUUUGGAGCGGGUGUUUGUUAAGCUGGUGUGCAACUCGUACGAAUACACAGAUAAAGUCGCCAGCCUCGUCCAGGAGGCAGCUUAUCUGCAAGCUAACCUGAGCAGCCAGGAGGGAGAUGCAAGCAGUCUGCCGGUCUCACACAUAGAUGAUGUUUUAGACAUGCUGGACAUCAUCAUGGAGGGAAGUGAAGGGGAGAUGGAGGAGUUCGGCCCCACCCUGAGUGAAGAGCUCAUUAUCCAGACAUUCCCCUUCAGUGCUGUGGUACCCGCUGCCCUGGAAGCUCGGAAUAAACUUAAAUCCGACAAGGGAGAGGUCUGUGAAUACCUGUCUGCAGUGCUCUCUGAUGUGCUGCACUGUCAGAGAGACCCGCUCCCCCUAUGCCUGGCUCUGCUACACUACGAUAAAGAGCUUGUCUCUUCUGGAACUCCGGCUUCCUCUCAUCUGUCUGUUCUUCACCUCCACCAGUAUUACUCAAGCUGGUUGCCUCAGCAGAGCCGUGAAGAACUGUUCAAGUCUUCUGCAUGCCUCUCCAACGAAGAACUAACGUCAAACUCCUUCUCUACACUGAUGAAAGCUGCAUACAUGCAAGGACCAAGCACUUUAACAACAAACACCUUCAGAAAGAACAUAGAAGCAGCUCUGGACUCAAUGUUACUGGCUGAGUUUCCGAUUGCAAUCAAGCAGGUUUUACUUUACGUGAAAUCUACAGUGGAAAACUUUGGCACGUUUUCCAAAGAGACUGGAACAGCACUCCUGAAGACUUUAAUGGGAAUUCUCCAAGAUAUGAUGACGAAACUUCAAAGCUUUGCAGAAACGCAAAACUCUGAAGCAGCACCAGCAGAGGAAGAGCAAGACGCAUCUGAUUUAUUUCUGGACGUUAAUCAGUCAUCGAUGGUUGAAACAAAUAAAAACCAGAUUCUUGUUGCAGCUCUCGGUUCCAUCUUCAAACAUCCGUGUUUGGAGCAGUGGUUCUUGGCUCUGGAGUUGUCCGCAUUGCCUCCUCACUCCUUGAAGCCCGUCAGGCUGAAGCACCUGUGUGCUCUGAUGACAGACGGGACUCUAACUCUGCUGCAGAUCGGCGCUCCUGUUCUUCGGGAUCUUUGCCACGCAGAGCUGCUCUCUGGCUGCAUGAGUGCAAUAAAGCGAGCUGUUCUCAAAGAAUUAUCGGAAAAGCGUCCCCACCCUCCAAAGAGUCACUCCAGAACUUUCCAAGCUCUCCUGUCUUUACACAGUUACAUGGAUUCCAGUAAUUUGAGGGAAGUAGCCUUGAGUUUGCUGCUCCAACCUCAGGACACUCUCAUUUGUGUCAGCAGUGAGACGGCCGGGUCCGACCUCAGCAUUUACGGUCACGCGGCGCUGCAAAUUCUCACAACUCGUACGUCUAUGACUUCAGAGGAUGACUGUGCUUUUCUGACACCGGCACACCUUCAGGGUUUGAGUACCCUUCUGCUCUCCUGCUCCAGCCCCGAGCCCGCAGCCUUGAUGCUCCAGACUCUGUCCAGAGAGCCGAGCUUUGCCAAGCUAAUGCACACAGACGUGCUCUCACGCUGCCUCCAGGAACCUCUCCCAGACUUUCUGGCCAUCAACUCACUGCUGCUGCAAAACUGCUCCUCUCACCGCCUCUGCUUUGAGUUGUGGUGCCUUGAACCUGCAAACAUGGCAAAACUAUCAAGGGAAACAGAAGCUUUCCUUCCACUGAUCAACACCUAUUUAGAGGUCGCAAGCAGAGAAGAUCCAGCUCGACCUAAAGCUGUUCAAAAAGAAGUUUUAAAAGCCCUAAAACAGGCUCUUCUGGACAAAUUGCCUCAGGGCAUUCUGGGAAACCUAACAGACGACAGAGAAAUUGCAGCAACUGUUGCCAACCUGAUCAAACUGUCUACAGACAUCAAGGACUUUUGGGAUUUGAUAAGUUAUCUUCCCAGUGUCCUUCCAAAUGCGGACAGCUUUCAAAGAUGGAAAUUGGUGGAUGUUAUUACAGAUAAACUCGUUGAUUACCCGGAAGAACUAGAAAAAUGGAGGAAAUCGGUUUCCAUUGCUGCUUUGAAGUGUCUCACAGCCUCAUUCUGUGGUUCUAAAGAUCCGUCUGCUGCUGCGACAGAACAGGAGCACAGCGUCCUUCAAACACUGAAGCAGCUGCUGGCUUUUGCUGAAGACAUCCCUGCAUCCGAGUGGAACAGUUUUGUCAAAAGUGGACUCAAGUAUCGCUACAGAGAUUCUUGUUUCCUGAACACCUUGAGUAGCCUGUUAGCAGUGAUGUAUGGGGAAGAGGAAGUCCAGAAGGAUUUAUUACCUUUAUCCACGCUACAUCUGAUGAUCAGCAGCCAUUCUCAGUUCUUACCAACCAUGCUGGGCUGCGGGGAAGAACCAGAUAAGAGUCCAGAGAAAGAAGCGCUUGUAUCUCUUCUUCUCUGUGUGGUCAAAAAAUGCCCAAAAGUCUGCAAUAUAAGUCACUUUGUUGUUCUUCUGGGAGCAUAUAGUGCCACACUGUCCACUUCAGAUCAGAAACUUUUACUACUUCUUCAGGAAUAUGAGAGAAAUCAAGCUAGCCUCCUGAAAUUCCAAUCUUUCUUGUGGGGCCCUGCGGCUGUGGAGCAUCAUAAAACCAGGAAAAGUCUAGGAGCUUCUCUGUGGAAGCAGGCGAGCUCGGAUGAGCUGCUGGCUCUGCUGAAGACUGACAGGAUGCUCCAGACUAUCUCCCAGUUUCCACAGCAACGCAGGAUCAUCCUGCAGGAUGAAGUGGAACAGCUUUACAGUAACAAAGCAGUGAAGGACCUCAGUAAUCUGUAUGAUCCCUGUUUCCUUUUACCGCUCUUCAGCGUCAUACUAAGACCAGAAUGCGUCAUUGACUGCCACAAGUUCAUCUCCAGUCAUGCUUUGGGAUUCACUAUAAUGGCUCUAAGCAGCUCUGACCCGAAGGUGAGAGCUGCCGCUUACCAUGUGCUGGGUUCUUUCUACCAACAUCUGGAGGGAGCUCGGUUCCGGGAAAAGAGACAGAUGCUGUAUUUGAUGGACAUAGUGAAGAACGGGAUUCAACGGCAGAAUCAAAGAGUGCCGUUUGUUCUGACAUCCUACAUUGCCAAAGUGGCUCAGCAGAUGCUCAGACCUGAGGAUCACAUGUACGUGGUCUUGAACAAAUUUCUGCUGUCCCAACAGAGUCUGGACUUGAAAAGAGUCCCAGAAUUUUUCAAGUUAUUCUAUAGCUUUGACCUGGAGCACAAGAUGGAACGUGAGUGGAUCCUAAAUGUGCUCGGGGAAGGGAUAAAUGAUGACCACUGCUUCAAACUCUGCAACCAACAAGGCAUCUUUCAGAGUCUUUUGGGCUUCGGGAGCAGCCCGCUGUGUGACGAAACCUUCCAGGUACAGAUCAUCAGGGUGUUGUGUAAAGCUGCACGCGUGACAAAAGGAGCUUAUAACCUCACCAAGAGCAGCGGAAUCCUGAGCUGGAUGAUACACUUCAUUGAAAAAAAGAACCUGACGCAGCAGCUGCUGUGUUCCGUCGUGGAUCUGCUCUGUGUGCUGUGGUUCACUAACCUCGGGGAGAAGGAAAAGAAGGCCGAUGGAGCCGGCGCCUCCUCACCUUCAGGGGAGAAGCCACAAGGAGCGGUGAAAUAUCUCCCUCUGCCGUUCAUCAAUGAGUUCCUGUGUGCAGCAUCAGCAGUCUGCAGGCACCUCAGGUUGGGAGUGAAGGCCGCUCAGCUCAGCAUGUUUGUGCAGAUGCUGAGCACUGCACUGAUGCAUCGUGGGACAGCUCUCAGUGUAAACAAACAAGCAGAGUGGCUGACGCUCCGUCCACAACCACUGUCCAGCGCCGAAAGCCUCACGCUGCUCCACUGUUGGGCCACUUUGUCCCAUAACGCAGCCCUGCUCAGCCAAAUCCAGGAGCUGUCUAAUAGGCACAAAGUGGCAGAGCUGAUGGGGAUGGGGAAAGAUAAAUUCCGAGGUAAACGGUACUCCUCCCGCACGCGAGGGGAGAACUCAGCAGAGGAUGAUGAAGGUGACAAACAGGAAAGUCUCCUGCGAGAGUGCAAACCUUCCCUCUGCAGCAUCUUCAUUCACUGGGAGCCUGAGCUUCACUCCUCUGAAGCCCAGUCGGCUGUGUCCAAAGACGGGCUGGAGCCCCGCCUGCUGGCCUGCGACACUGCACACCUGCUCACCAGGUGGUCUCUGAAGUGGCUGCUGGAGGACGCGUACGAAGACGACAAAGCAAAACAGUUCCUGCUGUGGUUUGAAAAGGCUGUUCAGAGACACAGGAAGAUGGUGAAAGCGGUGAUGUUGGAUCCUGGGUUGAAAGCAGACCUGCUCUGUCUCUACCAUCGCUCCUUUGAAACGGACUCCAGCUCCACAGCAACCUUAAAGAGGUUUACCCACAUCAUGAUCCGCAUGUUGGAGACAGAAGGUCAGCUGACGGACUACCACCGGGCGGUGAUGUCCGCCUGCAUUCAAGAGCCUUCUCAUGAGUCCAGACAAGAAGCAGGGCUGUUCCUUUUGUCCAUGUUCAUCCACGAGUUGUGGAGCGGAGCAGCUUCAGCAGAACUCUUCCUGUCUUAUGUCGGUUUGGUGACCAAAACCAAGAACCAGAAACCAAAAGGAUCCAAAUCAUCAAAGACACAAACCGCUGUCAGAGCCAUCUGUGAAGAGAUUGUUGCCAUAAAGAUUUAAAUUAGAUAUUUCCCACUUUUGUAUGACCCAAUUGUACAUAUUAACUAUGAACCUGUAACAUAAUUUGACUUUAUUUCUCUGGUAUUGAAAUUCAUAGAACAAUAUUUCUGAAACUUUUGAGCUAUAAUGUAAAUUUCUGUGUUUUUUAAGGGAAGUAGAAAUGUGGAGAUAUGAAAGAGAUGGAAAGUUCACAGAAUGUAAAGAAAAUGUCUCAUAUUUUGGCUUAAUCAGACUUUUAAUGUUUGCAGAAUUAUAAAACAAGUGUUUACCAAAUGUCUGUUGUCAGAAAACAACAUGCUCCCCUGGUGUUUUUAUGCAUAUUUUUUAGAUAACUAUUAAUCUUUGAGCAAAAAUGAACAAUAUUUAAAAAAAAAAUCAUAAAUUUUAAAAUAAAGGUAAGAUAUACUGAAAAGCCAUUAUGUCAAAUGAAUAGUGAAAUAAGUUCUGAAAUAAAGGGCUGUUCCCCUAACAGAGCCUCCAUUUGCA